AUGACAGGUGCAAGUGAAGAACAACAACAACAGGAAAGAUCUCUUAUUGAUAUCCCCAAAUUUCGUGUCGAAAUUCGCAACGGGUUACAAAUGUAUAUAUUGGAUAGCCAUUGCUUUUCUAAAGACGACGAUUUGGGAUUACACAUACUCUUUCCAGACGAUCAACAAAGUUGGUCGUUUAGAGACAAUAUAUGGGGAAGAACAUUAUUCCAUUGUAGAUUGGAAUGGGAAAGAGGGUUUAAGGAAUUUGAUGCAUUCUUUGUUGAUGAGGUUUUCUUUGAUGAGUACUGUUCCAACUUUAGGUGCAUUUGGAUCGCUAAACAAGAUGGGAUUUAUAUGUUGAAUAAAGCUGGUCAAGAGGUCUUCUAUCAUCGUUGGAAAUUGCUUAGGUUGCCGUGA